GCGCAUCAAUACAUUACUUGUUCGAACUACUUUCGUCCUUUCACGUUUCUUCUUCAUUGGAAAAUCAUCAAGUAAGAAAGUUUUUGAGUUUUUUUGAGAAUUACCACACUUUAAACUAAGUUUGUAGGCGUUAAGAACUUGUUUUCACGCGUAUUUAACAUCUAUUAUAUAAUACUUAAAUUGUGCCUGUGCCAAAUGUGAUAUUUAAAGUAUACAUGCGGUAAAAAUGGCGGAAUGCCAUGUGACAAUUUUCGAAAAAAUAAAAUUUUAAAUCAAUAUCUUUCGGGUUCUUCCAGUUAAAACAAAGAAAUGGCUGAUGAAGAAUUUGAACAAGCCCACUCUGGAGCUUCGCAAACUUACCCAAUGCAAUGUUCUGCACUACGUAAAAACGGUCACGUCAUGCUGAAGGGAAGACCAUGCAAAAUUGUUGAAAUGUCGACUUCGAAAACCGGAAAACACGGUCAUGCCAAAGUUCACUUGGUUGGAUUAGAUAUUUUCACUAACAAGAAACACGAAGAUAUCUGCCCUUCGACCCACAACAUGGAAGUGCCCAAUGUUAGACGUGAUACUUAUUCGCUAAUUAAUAUAGGAGACGACAACUUUCUAACUUUGAUGACCGAUAGUGGGGAUACUAGAGAGGAUUUGAAAGUUCCUGAUGACUUGUGCAGUGAGCUCCAGAAAGCUCAUGAUAAUAAUACCGACAAGGAUAUCAUGAUCACUGUUCUGAUGGCUUGUGGAGAAGAAAAAAUUAUCAGUUUUAAGCAAGUUGAUGGUAAAUAA